CUGAAAAGCAAGCAUUAAAGUUUUAAGAAAAAUUUGUUUUUAGUCAUUCGCUUGCAUUUAAAAAUUACAUUCAACUGCGUAAAAUAAACUACACGCAUUACAAAAUUCCAAUUAGACAAGAAUCCUAUUUUUGGUUCCAAAGCUGUGAAAAACAAAAUUUCACUGAAUUGAAUUGAAUUUGCGAUUGUUGUGGAGGUUGGGAAAUUUCACAGAAUUUAAAACUUACGAAGGAAUUUUUUUCUUCAAAUUGGUAUUUGUGAUUAUACUGCAAUUUUCUGAAGAAAAGAAAUAUUAAAUAUUUGCUUCAAUAAUAAGCAAAGAUAAAACUAUAAUAUAAACUAUUGAAGAAUAAAUCUUCUUCAACCGCAGAAAAUAAAGCUACAGCGCUGGUUUCCUAAUACAACAUUGAGAGGCCCUAAAGGUUUUGGAGGUUGUGAGGUUACGAACACCAUUGCAACAUUUACAAACUCCACCUUUAAGCGCAUAUUGGAAAGUGUCUAACUAACGGUUAUCCAUGCACCUGCUAUAAAAGUACAAGUCCAAACGUAAGAGUGUUUUUUUUUAAAUAUUGUACAUACAUUCAUUAUUGAGAGUGAGUGAACGUUGUUUUUGUUCGAAAUUGUGUGACGAAUAUUAAGCAAAUACCUAAUAGCAUAACGAAUAUCAUCACCAACAACAAUAUACGUUAAUAAUACUAUAGCACUACAUAAAGAAACAAACCAAGAACCUACAAACUCAGGCGAUCUUAAGAAAAAGAUUAUUAUUAAAAGCUAAACAACAUGGAUACCGAAACCACUCAUCAUAAUGGUAAUGCGGACUCACGUGAAAGUUCCGUAGAGCGUGAGCUCAACGAAGAGGUACAGGCUGUGGAGCUAAAUAGCUCAUCGGAUUCGCCGAAAGACCUUAAUGGGUUGAUGAAGAAACCUCUACCCGUUGGUGAUGGCCACGAUCGCAUCAAACGUCGUGCGAAACGCCUAAUACAUAGACAAAACAGUCGUGGUGAGACAAAUGGCGCUGCGAGCGCAGCACUUGCAGCUGCCAUCAGCGCCGGUAGUGCUGGUAGUUAUGUGGUGCCACAUCGUCGGUGGAAGAACAGUCGUCGAUCGCGUAAUGGUCAUGGUCGUGGCUUGCCAAAGAAGGGCGGUGCCGGUGGUAAAGGUGUUUGGGGUUUGCCCGGUUCGGAGGCGCUUGAAGAGGUUUACGAAGAUGAGAACGAUCCGAACUACGAUAGUGAGUGUAAUGAUAAGAACAUCGAAUUGCGUGAAGUUAUUCCGGAGGUGACACCGGAAGAAUUCUUCAAAUUGGCUGAACCAAUUGUAUUAGAGUAUUAUGAGCAUGGCGAUACCCAUGAGGUGGCUGUGAGCUUUGACGAGAUACUUACCGGUCCGCUGCGACCACAUGUAACCAGUGUUGUGGUUGAGAUCUCAAUGGAUCAUAAGGACUCGCAGCGUGAAAUGACAUCGGUGUUGAUAUCCGAUUUGUAUGGACGUGUCAUAACCGCCAAGGAUAUUGAGAGAGGUUUUGAAAUUUUACUCGAUAAUUUGCCCGACUUGACAUUGGACACUCCGGACGCGCCUACCAUAUUAGGUAAUUUCCUUGCACGUGCUGUCGCCGAUGACUGCCUCCCACCUAAAUUUGUCACCAAACCGACUGAUCUCGAUGCGCAAAAUCAGCUUGCUAUUGCAGCUAUACGUCGUGCUGACACCCUGCUACACAUGAAGCAGGGCUGGGCACAUUUGGACAAUGUUUGGGGAAUGGGCGGUCCGUUGCGACCAGUCAAGACCAUCACCAAGGAGAUGACUUUGCUACUUAAGGAGUAUUUGUCAUCACGCGACAUACAGGAGGCACAUCGUUGUCUACGCGCACUCGAAGUACCACAUUUCCAUCAUGAAUUGGUUUAUGAAGCCAUUGUCAUGACACUCGAAUCCCUUAGCCAAACCACUGAGGAGGCCAUGUGUGAGCUACUCAAGUCAUUGGAUGAGGCAUGUUUGGUAUUGCCCGCCGGUAUGGAGCAGGGUUUCCUGCGCGUUUUCGACGAUAUGGCGGAUAUUGUUUUGGAUGUGCCACUUGCAUACAUUAUAUUAGAUCGCUUCGUAGAGCGUUGUAAUCGUGCUGGUUUUAUAACUGACAAGAUUUUAAGUAAUAUGCCCUCUAGAGGACGUAAACGUUUUGUCUCCGAAGGAGACGGUGGCCAUAUUAAGCCACAAACUAUUCCAAUUCGUGACUAAAAAGGAGCGAAAUAAAGUAAAACAACAACAACAAACUAAUUACAAAACGCAACACAAAUUCAAGAACAACAACAACAACAACAGCAACCAAGCACUUUUUAACCACAACAUAACUGCAUUCUUUCUACAAAAAAACGAAAAAAAAGAAAACAAAAAAAGGAAACUGACAAAAAAAGUAAAUUCAAAACCAAAUCACAACUUUUAUCGACAGCAAAAAAUAUAAAUAAAUAAAUAUGUAAAAAAGUAGUAUUGUAUUAUCAAAAACAACAUGAAAAUAAAGAAAAAACACAGUAAAAAUAAAGGAAAUGUAAAAAUGACAGCGAACAACAAAAACAAAAUACAAGACAGAGCUCCAAAAAAGCCAAAAGAAGUUUGAAUUAUUCCAAAAUAAGCAGCUAACUAACAAACAUGCUCAUUAUAAUGCAGAAUAAUAAAAUAACAAAAAAAAACUACCAACAACAAUGCAAUAUAAAACCGAAUCACCAAGUCAACGAAGAAGAAGGGGGAAAAAUGUAGAAGAAACAAGUACGGAGAAAGCAUUAAUUAGCGGGGUUAUGAGAUUUCAACAAAAUAAAAUUAUAUAUCAACAACAACAAAAACUGAAAUUGUUUAUUAGCACAUUAUAGCGCGACAGAGUUGUUGUAACAAUAUUUUAAGCAGAUGAACAAAAUUCACAACAAAUGUAUACAACUAAAUCUCUUUACUGAAAGUUAAUGUAUGUGUUUGUUGGAGCACAAAACGCAAAUAAAAUAGCAGUAAAUAAAAUGCGAGGAGCAAACACACGCUACUUGUUUUUGUAUGCAGCCAAAUAAAUGCCGGUGAAUAAAAAUCACUUUUAUUGGAACACAUAGAGACAUACAUAUAUAGCAAGCAACAGGCAACAGCAAAAAAAAACAAUCAUUCAAUGACUUUUCUGUAACUAAUUUAAGGCAUGUUUUAUGAAAAAAACGGCUUUU